AUGCGAACGAGCAUGAGCUUUCCCGAAGACGGCCUUUGCGACUACGUCUUCUUCGACUCCAUCGACAAGGUGGACGGCAGCAUGCCGUUGAUGGAUCCGUCGCAGGGCAGCUUCGUUCGCUUCUUGAUGGCUGCCGCACAACAAGACGCAACAGACUACGGAGUGGGUUUCGACUACGAGAACCGUGAGAACACGAACCAGGUAUUGGCGUCGCCUGACGGAAAAGCUCUGCUGCGGAAUCUGUUCGAUCGCGGUGUGUCCCAUUUUGGCUACGUCAACACGCCUGUGCACGAUUACGGCCCAGAAGAGCUUCAAACACUGCUAGAAAUACUCAAGAUCGUGUCUGCGCUGAUGCACCGGCAGAAAGAUCCGGUAGUGUUCACGGCGCUAGCCACGAAAAUGUACACGCCGGCUUGGACCGCAGAGACGGCAUCUCUUUUCAAGGAUCAUAAACCUGCAGGAAGUCGUAUUGGGGCAACAUAUGGACAUAGCGAGGAAGUGAGGCUGUUUGUGAUCAAUGUCUUCAAGUCUUCCCCCGCAUGUUUACCAAUAGCACCUCACGACUUCAAUGUUCCACACUAUCGCAGGAAGAUAUAUACUCCGGACAUUGUGGUUUCCAUUGCACACUACUUUGUCGAGGAUAAGAACUUCGAGGGCGGCCUGAUUGUUCCGCCAACACUGCUGGAUUCUCCGUCCGACAUAUAUUUCCACAAUUUGGGGGCGGCACAUGGCAGUGUUGAGGGCUUGGCGCGUAGCGGCAUCAUCGCGAGCCUGGCCGUGUCGGUUGCCAUGUUCGGCCGCUGGUACCGGCCGCUCUACCCGGACCCGCAGGUCGAGGACCGGCCGGGCAACUACUCUCUGCUGUCGCUGUGCUCGGACAUGCCGGGACCACAGCUUGGCAGCGUCGUAGAGGUCUGCAAGAACCUGAGCUACGCCAGUACCUACCACGAUAGCGAGCUUCACGCUGAGGUUGCGUACAACAAGGGUCUUGGAAGGCUCUUCACCUACGACGACGACGAGUCUUUUCGUCAAAAGCUUUGCUUGUCGAAGCGCAACCACACUGGCGUGCAGUAUGGAGUAGCGGCCUACAACCUCGAGAAGGAGGACACCGAGAACGCUUGUGGACAAGGCAGCUUCGCUAGGUUGCGCACCCUAAGGAAGUUGGUCGACUUCUUCAAGGACUCCUUUUCCUCACCCAACCUUCUUGAGGAAUGUCUCGAAAAAUCAUUCACCCCACCAGUGAAAGUGCCCCCGCCACCGAUGCCGUUGAUCUGCACCGUGGGCGAUGGACUCAAGCUCUCCAUGAUUUUUCCUGACGACGGCCUCUGCGACUACACCUUCUUCGACUCGCUCGAGAAACAGCGAGGUGCGACCCUGGCCGGUCCGUACACGGACGUCUUGAAACGCUUCCUUGAUGCCUCAUCGAAAAGCGUUAAAACGCAAUACGGAGCAGGAUUUGACUACGUGAAUAGCCGGCGUGUCAAGGACCUUCUCUCCAUGCAAGACACGAUCCCUCACCUUGACAGCCUCUGGAAUCGGGGCGUGUCCCACUACGGUGUGGUGAACACACAGGUGUACAGUUUUAGCAGUGAGAAACUGGAUGAACUUCUGUCGAUCCUGGAGGCACUGUCACAAAUCAUGGACGAGAAAAGCAGAGUGGUACGCCCAAGCUACACCAUCCUGGCAACUCCUGUAAUGCCGGGACCAUGGACCGAAAUGAUCACCGAUCGCUUCAAGAGAAUCUACGCGCCCGACAUCGUCGUGUCACUGAGCCACUACUCCUACGAGGACCGGGACCUGGCCGACUGCGUCAUGGUUCCGCCCACGUUUCUGAAGCCACCGCCCGCGCAUGACUACAUUUACAGCAUGGAGACGGCGCACGAAAGCAUCCGGGUCCUGUUGUCAAGUGGCGUGAACGCAUCCAUGGCCGUGUCUGUGGCCAUGUUCGGCCGGUGGUACAAGCCCCUGCACCCAGAUCCCGAAGUCAAGGACAGGCCGGGAAACUACUCGCUGUUCGAAAGCUGCGACUACAUACCCGAGACACAGCUGGGCUUCGUCUCGAAGGUGUGCAGGGAUCCGAGGUACCGGCACACCUUUUACGACCACGCCCUCCACGCGCGUGUCACGUACAACAAGGCUGCGGAGAGGCUGUUCGUCUACGACGACGAGCAAUCACUGCGCUACAAGCUGUGUCUGUCACGCGCCCAGUACAGCACAAUCAAGUACGGCGUCGCCGUGUACAACCUCGAGUACGCCGACGACGAGAACUCCUGCGGGAACGGCAUCUACUCGCGCCUGAGGACCGUCCGCCAGUUGCUCUCCUUCUUCCAGGACAACUUCACGUCACCGAGCGACGCAGACCGCUGUGAGUGCUGUCUGACUGCGACGAUAUGGUAA